AGUUGGCAGAAAAGGACUAAACCCACAAAAUACUAUAAUACCGAUUAACAAGUAAAGGAAUUUUUGGGGAAAAAAAUCCUAUGAUUUCCUAAAAGCACGUUAAAGCACAAGUAUUCCGGAGAGGACCAUGGAGACACUACUACUGACUCUGCUGGGACUGCAGACGGUGAUAGGAGUGGAACACUGGUGUGAAUACAUGAUGGAGGAGAAAGUGGAGCGAGUUCUGUCCCCACGUCUACAGCUUGAAGUGAGCUGUUCUGAGGUGUAUCAGUACAACACCCAGGGCUGGAGGCUAGAUAUGGACAGGAUGCGUGUCAUUCAUGGAGGUGAUGAUGGCAUCGCGCUCUACUACAAAAAACAGGGCCCCAAGGCAUCCUGCUUCUUGUACAAACCCCCAGAGAUGGAGAGCCAGAUGGUGAACAAAACCGUGAGGACAUGCUGUGAGGGCUGGGGUGGACCACACUGCUCUGAAGGUGUGGGUGUGCGUGGUCAGUGUUACUCUACGUGGAGUUGUGAGGAGUUCCCUGGGAUUCAAAACUCAUCCCUCAUGCCCCUGGAGCAUUGCUGCAGCAGCCUGUGGGGACUCAGCUGGAGAAAUGCUUCUGAUCAGACCUGCUUGUCUUGUACCUACGCUCUCCUUCCUGACUCCCAGUACUCCCCACUGGUGCGUAGCAGUCUGCUGGGUAGCCCCAGGAUGGCACAGGGUUCAGCCACUUGCAUGUCCUGGGGUGGAGCCCACUACCGAACUUUUGACAGGAAGCAUUUCCACUUCCAAGGCAGCUGCACUUACCUGCUGGCCUCAUCUUCUGAUGGAACAUGGGUGGUCUACAUCAGUACGGUCUGUGAUGGGAGAGAACAAUGCAGUAAGGCUUUGAGGAUGAUGCUGGGUCUAGAUUUGGUUUCAAUUCAUCACAGGAACUUGACAUUGAACAAUCUUCCAGUACCAAAUGGAGAACCAAUUUUCCAAAAUGGAGUGAGUGUCCAGUGGCUGGGCGACUUUGUGUUUGUGGAGAGCAGUCUGGGUGUGAGAGUAAAGUUUGACUUGGCCAAUACAGUUUACCUGACAGUGACCGCCGAGCAUCUGGCAGCCACCAGGGGGCUCUGUGGAGUCUACAACAACAAUGCUGAUGAUGAUUUCACAACAGUAACUGGAACUGUGUCUCAAUAUGCUGCUAGCUUUGGCAACUCAUGGAAGGUUCAUGACCAGCAGAAUGAAGGCUGUAGCGACGCUGCUGAACUUGGUCACAGCUGUGAUGUUUCAGGAGACCCUGCUCUACAAAGGCAGGCAGAAUCACGGUGUCACAUGCUGCUGGAAAACCCCUUCACACACUGCCACGUCCGGUUGGACCCAGGAGCAUACAUGGACACCUGUCUCUACCUAUACUGCAGCUUACCUCCCAAAGAGAGGGAGGGUGCAGUGUGUGACACUCUGGCCAGCUAUGCCCGAGAGUGUGCCCAGCUACAUGUCAUCAUAAUGUGGAGGACAGCCACCCUUUGUGGUCGUGUCUGUCCCAGAGGUCAGGUGUUUUCAGACUGUGUAUCCUCCUGUCCCCCCAGCUGUGCAUCUCCCCAGUCCCCAAGACCUGCUGGAUCUGUUGGCCAGUGCAGGGAGGAGUGUGUAGGGGGCUGUGAGUGCCCAAUGGGCCUCUACCUUCACCAGGGACUCUGUCUGAAAAGAGAAGACUGUCCAUGCUUCCAUCGCAGACGCACCUACCAGUCAGGGGACAAAAUACAGCAGAAAUGCAACACCUGUGUGUGCAGAGCAGGCCAGUGGUUAUGUACAGAGGAGAAGUGCGAGGCCCAGUGCAGCUUAAUCGGGUCACUACAGGUGACCACCUUUGACAAAAAGAGGUAUUCACUACAGGGAGGAGACUGUCCUUUCAUUGCAGUGGAGGACUUUGUUGACAGGAAGCUGGUGGUGGGUGUACGCUGUGGGAAGUGUACAGCAGGAGGAGGAGACCUAGGUUGUCUAAGGGAGAUGUCAGUCACAGCACUACGCACCACAGUCACUAUCACAGACACUGGUACAGUGACACUGAAUGGCCAGAGGGAGGUGUUGCCUGUGCUAACAGGUGAUCUCGCUGUGAGGAGGGUCUCUUCCUCAUUUCUCUUCAUCCAGGCAUUUGGAGCCCAGCUACUCUGGUACCUAGAUGGACCUUUAGCACUCAUCACCUUGCAACCUGGUUUUGCAAACAAGGUCCGUGGCCUGUGUGGAACACUGACAUGGAACCAGCAAGAUGAUUUUACCACCCCAGAAGGAGACGUGGAGAAUAGUGUGUCAUCCUUCGCAGGGAAAUUUACAACAGAACACUGUACUUCACCUGUCGCAGAUCCACCUGACCCCUGCGUCACCUACACACAGAGGAGACAUUAUGCAGAGACAGUGUGCUCUGUCAUACACAGCCCUGUUUUUCAGGUAUGUCAUGAUGUAGUGGACAGGGAGCCCUAUUUCCGUCUUUGUAUGUCAGAGGUCUGUGGCUGCGCUCCACAGAAGGCCUGUCACUGCACCCUCCUCACUGCCUAUGCCUGGCAAUGUGUUCAAGAGGGCGUUGAAGUCCACUGGCGUAACAACACCUUCUGCUCUGUCCAGUGCUCAGGGGGUCAGGUGUAUCAGGAAUGUGGCCAUGCAUGUGGGGUCUCCUGUUCAGACCUGCGCCAGGGCUGGAGCUGCAGUGAUGGUGGUGGAGCAUGUGUUCCAGGUUGCCAGUGCCCACCAGGAUUAGUUCAGGACCACCAGAGCCAGUGCGUGCCCAUCACCAUGUGCCCCUGUGUGCAAGGAGACAAGACAUACCAGCCUGGUGCAGUUAUUCAGAACAACUGUAAUACCUGUGUGUGUGAGCGGGGGCUGUUUAACUGCACUCAGAAGCACUGUGAGAAGGUGAAUUUGUGUCCAGGCUCUCUGGUCUUCUCCCCACGCUCCUGCCUUCUCACCUGCUCCAGCCUGGACCCUCCUGGCCAGCAGCAGGGUGACAGUGUUGCUCAUUUGAGCUGCAAAGAGCCCCUGUCAGGCUGUGUCUGUCCCCAGGGAACAGUCCUACUGGGUGAUCGCUGUGUUCUGCCAGAUGAGUGCCCAUGUCACCAUAAUGGUCGACUUUACUACAGCAACGACACCAUCACAAAAGACUGCAACAUAUGCGUUUGUAAGGAGCGCCGCUGGCACUGCAGCCAGUCUGCUUGUGCCGGUGUUUGUAUGGCAACUGGUGAUCCACAUUAUGUGACAUUUGACGGUUGCGCUUACUCUUUCCUGGGUGACUGCCAAUAUGUGCUAGUAAGGGAAAGCAGUGGUUUGUUCAGCAUCUCAGCUGAGAAUGUGCCCUGUGGGAGCACCGGGGUCACCUGCACAAAGUCAAUCACAUUCAGCCUGGGAAAUACGAUCAUACACCUGUUGAGAGGUAAAGCUGUGACUGUAAAUGGGAUGCCAGUUACUCUACCAAAGACCUACAGUGGAAGUGGUUUGAUUUUGGAAAAAGUUGGCCUGUAUGUGUCCCUCUACUCCCGACUUGGUGUCACUCUGCUAUGGGAUGGAGGAAUGCGGGUGUAUGUGCGUCUUGCAGCCCACCUGCAGGGUCGGGUCGGGGGCCUGUGUGGUAACUUUGAUGGGGAUACAGAGAAUGACUUCACAACACGGCAGGGAAUUGUGGAGUCUACACCUGAGCUGUUUGGAAACUCCUGGAAGGUCAGCCCCUCCUGCCCAGAUGUGGCAGAUCAGGAUCUCCGAGACCCCUGUGCUCUGAACCCCCAUAGAGUGACAUGGGCCAGGAAAAGGUGCACAGUCAUGACUCAGAAUCUGUUCUCUCAGUGCCACCCUGAGGUGCCCUUCCAGCAGUAUUAUGACUGGUGUGUCUUUGAUGCUUGCGGCCUUUUCCAGCCACUGGCAGGAUUUUCAAAUGUCACAGGAGACACAGGCUGGGGGCUAGGGUGGAGCCCAGAACCUGAGGAGUAUGACAACCUACCACAGCAGAGCCCUGAGGGACACACUAGCAACCCACAAGGCCCAUAUCUACAGAUAGAUCUGCUGAAACCAUACAACAUUACUGGUGUGUUAACCCAGGGUGGUGGUGUGUUUAGCACAUUUGUGUCUAGUUUUUACAUCCAGUUCAGCCACGACAGCAGGCAGUGGUACACUUACAAAGAACUUGUCACAGAUGCCCGGCCCAGAGCCAAGGUUUUUCUUGGUAACCAUGAUGAUCGAGGGGUGGCUGAAAACAGACUGGACAGGAUGGUGAUGGCUCGGUUUGUUCGCCUGCUGCCACAUGACUUUCAGAAUGGCAUCUACCUUCGACUUGAGAUUAUGGGCUGUGCCGAUAGCUAUCACUGGCUGACUACCUCCAUCCCCCCCUCACCAGUCUCUCCAGUGGGUGGUUGCAGAGUAAAGGAGUUCCAGUGCAAAAACGGUCGCUGUGUACCAGCCGGUCCACUGGGAGUACUCUGUGACGGAGUCAAUGAUUGUGGGGAUGGUUCAGAUGAGAUGCACUGUGGUAUGCAGCCGUCCACUACAGCUGUAAGUCCACGCAGCUGCCCUGCUGGUCAGUUCUCCUGUUCCCCACCAGGGGGCUGCAUCAUGGCAGCACAGCGUUGUGAUGGGAUUCCCCACUGCCCCAGAGGAGAAGAUGAAGCUGGUUGCCACCCCAGUGACAACAUUACUACCAAGUCAGACAGACCAUAUACUCCCACCCCAAGUCCUCUCAGGACUCCACAUGUGUCUGCUGUCACUCAUCCUGCAAAAACAUCAGCAGAUGGUCGCCCAGGAUAUCAGGGCAUCUGCUCUUCUCCCCUCGGACUGGAGGAUGGGAGAAUUCAUUAUGGUCAGCUGACUUCAUCCUCACAUCGGGACAACAACCCCGCUGAUGCCGGACGACUAAACAUCAUCCCUAACAUUCAGACCAUGGAGCCUGGAUGGAGUCCUUUGCCUACAGAUGCCCAGCCAUAUUUUCAGGUGGACUUCCUGGAGCCCACAUGGAUCUCAGGGGUGGUGAUGCAGGGCAGUGAACGUAUGUGGGAUUACCUCACUAAAUACCGCCUGGCCUUUGCACUGCACAGCAGCCUCUUCACAGAUUACACUGAGAAUGGAAAGCCUGAUGGCCCUAUUAAGAUGUUUCAGGUGCGAAUGGUGGGCAGGGCCCCUGUGACCCGCUGGCUUGAUCGGCUGGUCAGAGCUCGCUACCUGCGCAUCUUUCCUGUGGAAUUCAGGCACACUUUCUACCUGCGUGUGGAGAUUCUUGGCUGCAGAGGAGAUGAGCUGGUGACACCCAGCAGUUUUAUUACAUCUCCCUCUGGUGUUGGGAAAGUGACAGUGCAGCGCUGUAAUCCAGGCCAGUUUGCAUGCCAGCACAGCGAAGAGUGUGUGUCUGUCUCCGUGCUUUGUGACGGUCGACCGGACUGUAAAGACGACUCUGACGAGAUCAACUGUGGUACAGUGUCAACAACAGGCUUUCCAGGGCUGCAGAACCAGACUAGCUCUAUAGGAAGACCAGGUUUACAUGGUGACAGAACAACAGGUGCCCCAGGCGUCCAUACCACCAAGUCCCAAGGUGGCCUUCCUGGUGUGGCUACAUCAGAGGUCACAGGUCAACCUGGCCUUCAGAAGACUACAGUCCCAAGUACUGGCAAUUGGACAAGCAAACCUUCCAUCUACCCAGGGGCCACCACAGGUCAACCUGGACUGCACCUUGCUACAACUCUUCACUCUGGAAGGCCUGGUCUACAAACAACAAAAACCCCGUCAAUCACCACAACCCCCGCUGAUGGUGGCCUACCCAGAGUGCUUUGUGUGGAGGGCCAGUUUGAAUGUCGGUCAUUUGGCUGUGUGGACUCUGCGCAGGUGUGUGAUGGCAGACAGGACUGUUUGGACGGGUCAGAUGAAGAACGCUGUGGUGCCACAGCCAGACCACUGGUGACUUCCCAGCACCCUGUAGUGCCCAGCCCAUGCUCUCCCAAGCAAUUCCGCUGUAACAGUGGGGAGUGUGUUCACCUGGACCGCAGGUGUGACCUGCAGAAGGACUGUGUGGAUGGGUCAGAUGAGAAAGGCUGUGUGGACUGCAUCAUGUCCCCAUGGACAGCUUGGAGUGCAUGCAGUGUGUCCUGUGGUCUGGGUUCCUUGUUUAGACAAAGAGACAUAUUGAGGGAGGCUAUACCUGGAGGGGCCUGUGGUGGAGCCCAGUUUGACAGUCGAGCCUGCUUCCCUCAAUCAUGUCCGGUUCAUGGUCAGUGGUCAGAGUGGACAGAGUGGUCAGAGUGCGACGCUCAGUGUGGAGGUGGAGUCAGACAGAGGAACAGAACUUGCUCUGCUCCCCCUCCUAAAAAUGGUGGGUGGGACUGCGAGGGCAUGACCCUGCAAAGCCAGGGUUGUAACAGUCAACCCUGCACCAAUGACACUGGCACACAGACAGGUUGUCUCAAUGGCAUGGUGCUAGUAACUGAGCAAGACUGCCAGGCUGAGGGAGUCCAGUCUUGUCCUUCUACCUGCUCACAUCUUAGCUUGACCAACAAUUGCACUGCAGCAUGUGUACCAGGGUGUCAUUGUCCCGAUGGUUUGCACCUUCAGGAGGGACAGUGUGUAAAUGCAAGCCAAUGUGUCUGUCACUGGGACGGCCAAACUCUGCAGCCAGGACAAACAGUCACCAGUGCACCACAUG